AUGACCCGGACCAAGACCGUUCUCUUUUGGUCGACCUUGCUGCCAGCCAUCCAUACUGCAGCGCAACAACAGCUCCUGUCGCAGUCUCGGCACUUCACCCUGAAUGAUAUUUUCCCGUCCAUCCAUCCCGCCACCGGUGACGUCAAAUGUUGUCCAGAAGGCACCACAUUCGAUGGCACGAGCUGUGCGCUAGGCAUACCGAGAUGUCCGGAUGACACUCAGCUUCGAGAUGGCCACUGCAUCUCCACCAGAGACCCCAUCUGUCCCAGUGACGGCAAGUGGAAUGGUCAUACCUGUACUACUUUCAGUGAGCCAUUCUGUCCUUCGCCGUACAUCCAGAAGGGUCCGGUCUGCGUUAGUCCAGACCCCCCGGCUUGUCCAGAUGGAUUUUCCAUCAACGGAAACGUUUGCGAAUCCAACAUACAACCUGCAUGUCCCAACGAUGACCACUUUAACGGCCAGAAUUGCGUUCACUCGGCUGGGCCAAGGUGUCCCGACGGCUCAACCCUAUUGGGCGCUGUGUGUGUCAUCGACGAGGACCCCGACUGUCCUCUUGAUACUAAUUUUCUGCCUUCUAUCUUGAAGUGUGUUUCCACCACUAGCCCGACGUGUCCCGAAGGCAGUUAUAUCAAUGAAGAUCGCAAUGCCUGUGUUUCGGACAUUGGACCACAGUGUCCUGAUGGCACCGAGUGGAACAAGAAAACUCAACGCUGCGUCUCCUCAGAGCCAUUGCUAUGCCCGAAUGGAAGCCGUCCCGUCAAUAACCUCUGUUCCGCGUUCGCGGAUGCGACUUGUUCCGAAGGAGCGGAGUUAGUUACCGACCAGCUCUCUGGUACAGCCUUUUGCUGUCCUCUGAACAUGGGCUGGGAUGGUGAACAGUGUUUCUUGACUCCUAUUGAUGGCGAGUGUCCAGACGGAACCGUCAAGGAUGACGACCGUUGUGUGAGGCCUGGCAUUGCGAAUCCAUCAUGCCCGCCUGGAAUGGAUUUCGAGGGAAAUGCAUGUGUCGCAUGGGAGCCAGUUCAUUGCCCACCCGGGCAAUUCCACGAGGGAGCCUUUUGUGUUGGUCGGGAGCCUCCCACCUGUGUUUAUGGAAUCUUAACCGAUGGAGAGUGUGUGAUCACCGCGGACGUCGAAUGCCCACCUACCACACACCUUGAGCAUGGAAAUUGCGUCAGCCGAGAGACCCCAGAUUGCCCCGAUGGGUCUCAAUGGGAUGGAACGGGCUGCAUCAUUGAUGACGUUGUUCAAUGCCCCGACGACUCUAUCUGGACUGGUACCGAUUGUGUCACGACCGGCAAGCCAAGAUGUCCCGAUGGUAUGACAUUCAACGGACAAGCAUGCAUCUCGGAGGACGCCGUCAUUCCUGUCUGCCCCGCUCAUACAACACUUAGCGGUGAUGUAUGUGUGGCUGACGUCCCCGUCGAAUGCCCCGGUUCUUCCACGUUUGACGGAAAAGACUGCGUCACCGGUGAUGCUCCGGGGUGUACUACUGUGGGAACAGAGCUUAUAAACAACGAGUGUGUGGUGAUCAAAGAUCCAUCUUGUCCUCCUGGGUUUGACUGGGCCGGCAACAGGUGUGUCCUGACGGAAGGUAGUAACUGCCCUGUUGGCUACAUCCUGCGAGAUGGGGAAUGUGUUUCUGAUGUCGAGCCUGUCUGUCCCGACGGUUCGUUCCCCAGAGGGGAUAAAUGUGUUGGUGGAAAGCCAGACUGUCCCCAGGGCGCUACUUUCAACGGCGUUGAGUGCAUUUCGACUGCGAAUCCGACGUGCCCCGAUGGCUUCGAGCUUAAGAAGGGUCGCUGUGUUCUGUCAGAAGACCCUACAUGCCCUAAUGGUUGGAGAUUCAGCGUCGAGGAGAAGAGCUGUGUCUCGGAGACGCCCGCUACUUGCGGUCCUGGCCAGGUUCUGCACGGUAGCAGCUGUGUCCUCGAUGACUGCGUCAACUAUGAAUUCUGUCCUGCUCCGGUCACUUCCUCGAGAGUCUUCCCCUAA